AUGUCUUUCAGUAACAGUAAUAUGGCAUCCUACAUGACCGGCAACAAGGAAAAGGACAAGACUAUAAAUAGUAAUAACGGCAGGGACAACAGUGGUGCUAACGGUGCCAACAGGGGCACUAAUAUCAGGGACAGUAGCGAGGCGAGAUUGAAUGCGUUUCAAUUAUCAGACUUUGAUUUGGACGUGGAUAUGAAGAUGGAUUUCUCUAAUCCAUCGCAGGAUAUAACAAGGAAUUUUUCCUCUGGCGUCGCAGAACCGUUUGAUACUAAUGUAAACGCUUUAUUGUCCCCAUCGAGUGGUUCGUAUUCCGCGGACUUGAACUAUCAAAGUCUAUACAAACCGGACCUUCCACAACAACAAGUGCAGCAGCAGCAAAAACAAACGCCUACUUUAAAAGUUGAACAAUCCGGCGUAUUCCAAUGGGACGAUGUCUUAACGCCCGCUGACCGUCAACAUCGGCCGUCCCUCACCAACCAGUUCCUAUCUCCAAGGUCAAACCACGAUGCCGCUAACAGAAGUUCAGGUAAUGACUCCAAUUAUAGCGAUACUGAAUCAAGCUAUCAUACUCCUUAUCUGUAUCCACAGGAUAUGGUUUCUUCACCAGCCAUGUCGCAUUUGACCGCGAAUAAUGAUGAUUUCGAUGAUCUUUUGAGUGUCGCGUCUAUGAAUUCAAACUAUUUACUACCAGUGAACUCUCAUGGCUACAAACAUAUUUCCAACCUUGACGAGUUGGACGAUUUGCUAUCUUUAACGUAUUCAGAUACCAAUCUUCUGCCAGCAUCGAAUAAUAGCGAUUUCAGUAACAGUAAUAAUAAUAAUAUUGCUACUAAUGCUUACAAUAGUACUAUUGAGAAUAAUACCAGUAAACCUGCCGCUAAUCAAAAAAUGCUGUUGACUAUACCAACAUCUUCCACGCCCUCUCCUUCCACCUACGCUGCCCCAGUUACACCCAUCAUUUCUAUCCAAGAAUUUAACGAGGGUCAUUUUCCAGUCAAAAACGAAGACGAUGGAACUUUACAACUAAAGCUUCCGGACAAUGAUAAUUAUAGUGGUACCAACAAAAACAAUCUACUUCGUCCGAACGAUAAUGACUACGCUAACGAAGCUCUUAGUGAUAUCGACCGUUCUUACGAAGAUAUUAUUAACGGCAGAAAGUUGAAACUAAAAAAAUCAAGAAGAAGGUCUUCCCAAACUUCGAUUUCCAAUAAUAGUUUCAGUAGUAGAAGAUCUUCAAGAUCAAGGAGUAUAUCGCCUGACGAGAAGGCAAAAUCUAUCAGUGCAAACAGAGAGAAAUUGUUGGAAAUGGCUGACCUCUUACCUUCCAGCCAAAAUGGUGACGUUGACCAGGAACAUCUUGACGAAGAUAAUAACACUAGCUAUAACAGCGCUACCAUCAGUGUUCAUAAUAACGACGACGACAGUAACAACAAUUUACCAACCCAUCACGCAGAAGUUAAGCCAGAUAUUGUUGAUAUUAAAAGUGAGCUGGAUGAUGCUAAUAACAAUUUCGGUGUGCUUCUAAACAUAGAUGACUUGGACCAGUUUGAACCAAAGGUGAAUUUUAAAAAUGAUGAUAAUGAUGAAAAUAACGAUAAUAGUGCAUUCUCUUCGAAGAAAAACGACGAUUUAGAGAGGCUAGACAAUUUAACGAAUAAUAGGAAGAAUCCUGCAAAUUUUGCUUGUGACGUUUGUGGAAAGAAGUUCACAAGACCGUAUAACUUAAAAUCCCAUUUAAGAACACAUACGAACGAAAGGCCAUUCAUAUGUUCUAUUUGUGGUAAGGCAUUUGCACGCCAACAUGAUAGAAAGAGACACGAAGAUUUACAUACAGGUAAAAAAAGGUAUGUGUGCGGUGGUAAACUAAAAGAUGGUAAACCUUGGGGUUGUAGCAAGAAAUUUGCAAGAAGUGAUGCCCUCGGUAGGCAUUUCAAGACCGAAAGCGGUAGAAGAUGUAUUACUCCCCUGUACGAGGAAGCUAGACAGGAAAAAUCUGGACAAGACACUUAA